AUGUACAUUCCACCUCUUUCUCUUGUCUGUAAGCUUGAAUAUGAUCAAGUCAAAUUCUCGGACCCCUGUGCAAGUAUGAUUGGAAUGGCCAGCAUCACCGCUCCAGCCUUUGAAAGUCAAGAAUUUCAAUCUCGGGCUCCUAUUGAUCUCUGUUGUGUGAUUGAUAAGAGUGGAUCCAUGGAAGGAUCUAAAUUAGAACUCUUGAAAACUUCUCUCUUAUUUAUGGUGGAUCAGAUGAAGCCUCAUGAUCGGAUUUGUAUUGUAGAGUUUGAUAGCGACGUGAAUACUUGUUUGCCACUGACUCAGAUGGACAAGAUUGGAAAAACAAAGGCUCAUCAUGCCAUUGGAUCCAUCAAGGCUGGAUCAUGUACUAAUAUUUCGGGAGCCUUGUUGGAAGCAUUUGAUAUCAUGUCUCAACGAACACAAAUUGCAACCAUUUCUUCUAUUUUGCUAUUUACGGAUGGUUUACCAACGAAAGGAAUAAUGUCACAAGAAAAGUUGGUUCAAAUGAUUGAAAAGUGCAUCCAGAAAAGCUCAUGUUCGCUGUUUACAUUUGGAUUUGGUGAAGAACAUUCAUCGAAUUGUUUGGUUGCUUUGAGUCAAUCUGGUGGAGGCUUGUAUUAUUAUAUUAAGAAAGAGGACGAAAUUCCUCAAGCAUUUUCGGAUUGCCUAGGAGGAUUGUUAACUGUUUUUGCACAAAAUAUAACAUUGAAAAUUCGUUGCACAGGAGAUAAUGGUGUCAUUUUGAAAGGAGUAAUCCUUAAUCAAGGAGGAUACAAGCAGCAAGUUAUUGACCCUAACAAGGAAAUUCAUGUUAAACUUGGUGAUAUUUAUGCAGAAGAACAACGUGACAUUUUAUUUGAAAUGCAACUUCCAAUGUUGAGAUCACCUAUUGAAAAACAAGAAUUAGUUACUGUCACUCUUGAAUAUUUCAAUGUUGAGAAAGCAGACAAGGAAUUCCUUGUUUGCGAGACAUUUGUCUCAAGAAGUGAACAAACCAAGAAUAGUACAAUUGAAAACAAUUCUUCUCUCACAUUAAUUGACAUGCAACGAAAUAGAAUUGCUGCAGCUAAUGCCUUGCAGCAAGCUCGUAAUUAUGCAGACAAUAAUGGAUUGGAAAAUGCAAGAAAUUUGUUAGGGAAUGUUAUUGGUCAAAUUCAAACAAGUCCUUCAAACCGAGAAACGUUUUGUCAGGCACUGAUUCGCGACUUGAGGGAAUGUCUCGAGGAAAUGACAAGCAAUGAUCGAUAUCAACAAGUGGGCAGUAAGGUCGUGAAUGCCAUGUGGUGUGCGAACGUUCAACAGCGAAGCAAUAUCAGUUCUCGAACUUUUGAAACGAAAAGUAAGAAGAUUGCCAAAGCAAAAGUUGUAUCAUUUAAAUAG